AUGAGGCUCAACAAUACACCACUGACUAGCCGUAUCACCUCUUACUGCACUACAAACAUCCUUCCCUCCUCUGUGAAGAUGUCCAGCUCUGUAACAACCACCACUAACGGGGUGGUGGUCAUCACCCAUGUACACCCUACUGGAAACGAGAUGGGGGUCGCGGGGGUUGCUUCUGCCCCUCACUGUUUGGGACAGACGGUCUACUCAGCGCUGGGAAGUUUCCGGGCGGGGCAUCCAAAAGCGCUGGGGGUAAGAAUUUCUGUUUUACAUCAUUAGAAAAAAAAUGUGAAAUAAAAAACAACCAUUUUGGUUGAAUGUAUUGGAAGAAGAGAAAAAUGAAUUUCCUGCUUUGUACUUUGUUUUUCUCUCACAGACCGUACAGAUCAUGAUUGGUUUGCUGAUGCUGUUGACAGGAAUCGUGAUGGCUACAGGACCACGAGUAGACAAUAUUGGAGUAUUUAGUGGAAUAUUUGUCUGGGGAUCUAUCAUUGUGAGUGAGCUGCUCUGUCUAACAAUCAUUUCUUAAAUGUCCUGUCUUCAUGCAAACAAAACAUCCUAAUAAUUGAAUCAUGUCACAUUUUGAAAAGAAAUGCAUUAAAAACAAAUAUGUCAAAAAAUGAAAAAAAUAUAAAAUCUUUCAUUUAAGUUAAUGCUUUAUAACGAAUGACUUAACUAAUGACUUUUAUCAACGUAUAUGUAUUUGGAUAGGCCUAUGCCAUUCAUACACUCAUGCAUUUCAAUUUGUAUGGAAUUCUAUGUGGGAGUAAUUCAACUUGAAUUUGAACUUUGGUCAUACUGUAGAAAUAUGUUUGUCCCACAUGGUACCUUACACCCUAGAUAGUGCACUACCUUUGUAGUGUACUAUGUAGAGAAUAGGGUGCCAUUUGGGACACAGGCUUGUAUAAUCUCUUCCUUGUUCCUUCUCAGUAUGUCAUUGCAGGCUCUCUAACUGUUGCUGCUGACAACAAACUGAACAAAUGUCUGGUCAGUAUCAAUUAUUCUUUCUUCAAUAAAGUUUAGGCUUUUGAUUUAUAAAGUUCCACUCUAUUUCAAAACACAGAAUCUACUUUACAUAUAGGCCCACAUUUUUUCAUUCAACCUGCUUGUUUUCCUCCCACAACACAAGCAGUGGGGUGGGCACUGGCGAUUCAGCAACUGCAGAUCGCCCCUUUAAUAAAGACUUGUAAUAAUUAUUGUCAACACACUGUAUUCUAUAUUGCAUUUCAUUCUUCAGAAAUGUUCAUCCACAACCAAUCAUUCAUUCCCAUGUCCUCUUUCUGCUCUCUGUACCUUAGGUGAAAGGCUCCCUGGGAAUGAAUGUUGUUGCCACGGUUACUGCUUUAACUGGCAUCAUCCUCCAUUCUUUAGACGGUGCUGGGAUCCUCUACUCCUGUUACUAUCCAGAAAAUCCUCCAUACUAUGUCUGUCAACAGUAUUGGGUAUAUACCAAAUGCUUAUUCCUUUGGUCAGGAGAUAUUUGUAAAUCGGUAAAGGGGUAUUUAUAUAAUCUAUAAUCGUAUUACUAGACUAUUGUACGUACUGUUGAAUGUUUUUUUAUUAUUUAAAAAUUAUACACCAUUUGUAGCAUAUAUGUGACAACUCCAACCUGCAAGCAAUAGUGAAUUAGAUGCUAUUGAGUUAGUUUAUACUUCUUAUUAGCCCACACUGAAAUGGGAGUCAAAGUUUAAUUGUACAUAAUUGCUCCAAAAUGGCGGUGUAGUCUAGUUAACUGCUGUUUCCUGUUCCUCUCUGUCUAUAGGUCAGGUCCCAGGGAAUUUCAGGUGUUCUGGCUGUUUUCUCCGUGCUGGAGUUUAUAGUGUCCAUCUGUGUCUCAUCAUUCGCCUGCAUUGCUGUCUGCCAGUGCUGCCGUUCCACACCUGAG